AUGACCCACGUAAAUGAGCACUCAAUCGAAAUUCCAUCGUGUCCCACACUAUUCAAGAUGAUUCAGAGUGCACCUGGACCAUACAGCCAUAUUAGGUCUGAGGAUUCAGACUCUGAUGCUGCUGCAAGCUUGCGACGUCAUGCUCCUGAACCUUCUAUCUCGAAUCCAAGUCAUUGUACAGCUACUCAUGAAGAUUCUCGUAUUAGUACGACUUUGAAGGAGGCUCAGCUCCAGUUAGAAGCUGUCAAGCAGCGCAAUCGACUUUUGGAAGAACAGAACACCAUUUUGGAGGCCAACAAACCCUCUCACAAAACCUCCAAGGUGCCCUCCCAACUUGUAGCAUUUGACGAGGAAGUGAAGAUGUUUGCUAAGAAGUAUGGUGUCAUGUACGAGAUGUACCCACCCAGCACCGAGCUACUAAAGAAGACUCUGCCUUCAAUUGGCUUGUCAUUUGACCGGCCAGCACGCUAUGCAAACUCAGCUGCAGAAGCAGACACAUUAUUGUCUGAACUACGUAGUGUGCUCCCAGAUCACCUGCACCAUCUCAUAUCCUCAAAUCAUUUCCAUAAGACUCUGCAACAAGCACUUGAAGCUGGUCGGUCUUCUGAACUCAUCAAGUUGCAACGAGUUGGUGGUCACAUUUUUAGAUUAAGCUCUGAUUACUUUGUCACAUCCGCAAAACAAGACACCAUCGAUGAGCUUUUCGUUGACACUAGUAAUUCAACUGUCUUUGGUAACUGGAAGCCCUUGGCUCAGAUCUUGAAAGCAGUUUUGAUGGGCGAAGCAUCCCUUACAUCUGUCAAGAAGGGCGGGCCACCUAGAAACCACAAGAUUUGGGGAGUAUCUACCAUAACACCUGGAGCAAUUGCAUGGAGCGCCACUAUUAUACGGUAUUCUCUCAAUAUCUUUGGAGCCAUGAAGCUACCAGUCGAUGCACCUGAUGGGGAAGACUUUACUGCACAGAUUGCACUUGCAAUGGCUGGCUUGCAAUCCAACGAUGCCAACAAGGAUUUGGAUUCUACACCGGGUCCAGGUGACUCCGCUCAGGGUAUCGAAAUCACUCAGUCUCCGCUGAAUUCUCCGCUAUUGACUCCAAGGUUGUCCGUAGUUCCUGAAAUACCUUCCAGCGGCUCCAGUACUCCUCUCAUACUGCCACUUGCUCCUGCAGUUACUGUGGUUGAUCAGAACUUGCCUGUUUUCGAUGACACAGGUGACGUCGAGCUCAAUGAAAGGGUGACUGGGACUAUACAUGCAGAGGAUCAUGCAGAGCCUGAGAGUCAUACUCAAGGACGGAGGAAGAAGAAGUCUGGCCAGGCAGCAGUCCCUCGCAAGUCUGUCCGUCAGAAGAUUCAGCAAUAG